UCUCGUCAGUCGAUCGGCGAACUUCGACCGCGAAGGUCGUCGGAACGCGUCGACAGAUGCGCGAGAUGAGAGCAUUCAUCAUUUAUUACCACGAUCGCGAUAUUAUUUUUAAUCCAAUCUCAUGGAUAACACGCUUAGAGAUAACGAGACGUCAUCGAGCUCGAUCUUGCAAGCGAACAGGCGACUCUUGGAGUUGGACCUCGAUUAUUUGGAAAGAAGAGGAGGAAAUACAAUAACCUACGAAGGUGCCGAUGCCGGAUCGAAAGAGGAGGAAAGUCCCGCAGACACAUUAGAUCGUGUUAAAGUUGUCUUCCUGGGUGCACCCGGCGUGGGAAAGACAAGUAUAAUCCGACAAUUUGUUUGGAGCGAGUUCUCCGAGGAAUACACACCGACCGAACGACGGGAGACAUUUUAUCCGAGUGUGGUGCUGGCCGAUCGAUUGUACGAACUAAAGAUCACCGAUCUGCCGACCAUUCCGUACUUCCCGGUGAGCUCGCAUCUGGAAUGGACCGAUUUCCGUUAUUACGGAUUACGGAGCGCGACAGCGUACGUGCUCGUGUUUGAUCUCAGUAAUCAGGACACGUUUCAGUACAUCAGAACGUUGCGCGAACAAAUCUACGAGGCGCGCGACAUGAGAGGCGUACCGUUGCUGGUGGUCGGAAACAAGCAGGACGAACUGUCGCAGACCGUCGCUUCCGGGACCAGAUACAGGGACAUCGUGAAUCUCGUCCGGAAGCACUGGAGAUGCGGUUACGUCGAGUGCAGUGCCAGAUUUAACUGUCGCGUCGUACAGGUAUUCCGAGAACUGAUGAAGAGUAUUCAGGCGAUAGAGGGUAGGCCGAAUUCGCCAUCACCCGCGACUUCGCAACCGAUGCGAGCCUACCCGCACGACACCGGCGAGAAGUGCAUUCUUCUCUGACAUUGAGACUAAAUCAUAUACCCCUGAGGUCAUAAAUAGAUCUCGUGCGAUCUCGUGCAAGAAUAAAAUGUGCGCUUUUCGAUAGACAUACAGAUAUAUCCGGCGAGAGACUCUCGUCGUCUCUCGAUUUAGCGUACUGCGGAUCAUUGAGUCUCAAAGCAAUGAAAAUUUGCUCAAUAAAAGAGCACAUCGAUCGACGAAAGUCGAAAGCAAUAGACGUCACAACAUACAGAUGAUUCUUCUAAAGUUGCAAAGAGUCGUCGAAUAACGCGCGCGAAAAUGUUACGAGCCAGGAAACGUGAUUUCGGAAUAAGCGACAAUAAUAAUAAUUGAAAUUUUAAAAAUAAUAAUAAUCGAAAAUAACAAAAAUGUCAAAUGUCAAAUUCGCAAAUCUCAAUCAUAUGUGUAAAAGAUUUUCUAACGAAUCAUUCGCAAAAAUUUCCAGAUUUUAGUGGACUCAUCUCUUCGCGGUAUUAAUUUUUUUUUGUAUUCGCAUUUGUACGUGUGUGUGUUUAAAGAUUAUAUUUCUUUAUAUAAAUCACACAAAUUAUGGCGUACAUGUGUGAUUUUUGACUAAUCAAAAUUAUAUAUCGACUAUUAAAUUUCUCGGAAGAAAAUAAAAUCGUGCCAAUAGAAAUUAACAUUCGAUAAUGAUGGUGAAGAAUGCUCGGAAGAGGAUUAUCGCAAAUAAAAAAUGACAAGAGAAAAAAUAAGACGAGAAGAUAGCAAAAUGCAGCGGUCGAGUGCAUUUUUUUAGCUCAAUCCUUUCCUCGUGCUGCAUUCGGCCUAAAUAUAAUAUUGACGUUGUAUUAGGAAGAUAUUCGUAAAGGGCGAAGCAAUAGUAUAUAUACACAUAUAUAAUAUAUAUACAUACACAUAUAUAUUUUACUAUACUCUGUUAAAAGUUAAUCGAUUAUUAAUUUAAUGUUGAACAUAUAGUUAAUCAUUCGCGAAAGACGUAAUCGUUAAUAUAUAUAAAUAUAUGAGAUGUUAUAAAUACUUAGUAUUAUAAUACUAGCAUAUAUCGUGUAUAUUAGCGUUAUUACCGUUUGUAUGUAUUCUAUGAUAAAUGCAACGUGUGCAUAUAGCCACAUAUACAUACAUAUAUACACGCGCGCAAUUUUUAUCUUAGAUCUUGAAGUAAGACACAUCUCCGUUCAAUUCGUUAUAUAAACGCGCCAUUUUAAAAAAUCGCUCAUAUUCACUGCGUAUAAUAUCACAUAUGCGUAGAACAUUAGCAGAAUAGAAUGUUAUCAAUAUUAUUAUUAUCUAUUAUAUUUGAAGACAUUUGUUGAGAAUAAUCAUACGAGCCUGACAAUGAUAAAAAAUAUACAUAAAUGCUCAAUUACUCGAAAUGCAUUUUGUAAUACGCGAACGCAUGUAUUUGUUAGACGUUUGUACGAAUAUCGUAAAUCGACGUAUUUUCGAUGGUUUAAAACGAGAGAGAGAGAGAGAGAGAGGGGGGAGAGAAAGAAUUACAACUGUAAAGAAACAAAAAAUCAUUAAAAUAAUACACCGAAAAUAUGAGGCUGCGAAUAUCUCAUAUUUUUUCAGAUGCGAUUCUCUCGUUCUACACUAUCGAUUUGUGUCAGUGUGACAUGUAACUGAUACAUACAAAUACAAGAACGAUAUUGUACGAACUACAAGCGAUGAUCUCUUGUUUUGUAUGUAUUCGCACGAUAUUCGCAAUAAAAAUCAGCGAAAUAUUAGAAAUGUG